CUGUCAGCUAUCUUCUUGAUCAUAAGCGAUUACUAUAGUUUCUAACAAAAAAUGGCAUGAGAGAAAGGGUGAUAUGUGUGGUGGUACGGGAAAAUAGAAAGCUCUCAACAGAAAACGAGCUAAAGAUGUGUAUGAGUUUACAGAAUGUCCAAAUUGUUACGUUUUAGAGGUGUGGAUACACGCAACAAUAUUGUAAGCCAUCUGUGCAGAAAUUUGGACCAAAAAGGAAUCAAAACCUUCAUUGACAAUGAAGGACUUGGCACAGGAGAUGAGAUAUCACCUGCCCUUCAAAAAGCAAUUCAAGAAUCCAGAAUUUCUAUCGUCAUCUUCUCGGAGAAUUAUGCUUCCUCUGGGUGGUGCUUGGAAGAACUUGUCAGCAUUCUUGACUGUAAAGAAUCAAAGCAACAACUGGUUUACCCUGUUUUUUACAAGGUAGAUCCAUCGGAUGUACGACAUCAAAGAGGUGGUUUUGGCCUAGCACUAGCUCACCACGAAAGCAGAUUAAAAGACAACUCGGAGAAAGUCAUGAGAUGGAGAGAAGCUCUUACUAAAGCAUCAAAUCUCUCUGGCCUGCAUUUCAUUAAUGGAAGUCAUGAAUCUACAUUCAUCGAUACAAUCGUGGAACGGAUAUCAGCACAACUAUUAGAUCGCCUUCAGUUAAGCGUGGCAAAAUACCCUGUUGGAAUAGAGCCUCGUGUGGAGGAUGUGCUUAAGCUUCUAUGUGUUGGAGAAGAUGAUGUCCGCAUGGUGGGGAUAUGGGGAAUUGGUGGAAUCGGAAAGACAACGAUUGCUAAAGGUGUGUAUAAUUCAAUUGCUCAUAACUUUGAAGGUAGCUGUUUUCUGGAAAAUGUUAGAGAGAGAUCAAUCAGAUAUGGAGGCCUAGUUGAAUUGCAAAUUUCUCUUCUUUCUAAGUUUCUCAAGGAGAAAGAAUUAAGGAUUACUAGUGUUGAUGAAGGGAUCACUCUCAUAAAAGAAAGGUUGUGCCAUAAAAAGGUUCUCUUAAUUCUUGAUGAUGUGAAUGAUUUCAACCAGUUAGAUAAAUUAGUCGGAAAGUCUGAUUGGUUUGGUUCAGGUAGUAGAAUAAUCAUCACAACAAGAGAUAAGGGUCAGCUUACUGCUCAUGAUGUCAAUUAUAUAUACAAAAUGGAGAAGUUGAGUCAUCAUGAAGCUUUAGAGCUCUUCAAGUUAUAUGCCUUUAAAAAAAACCAAAAUAUGGAUGACUAUGUUGAACUCAUUGAUAAUCUAACUCUUUAUGCUCAAGGGCUUCCCUUAGCAUUGGUAGUUUUGGGUUCACAUCUCCGUGGUAGAAAUGUAGAUCAAUGGAAAGUUGCAUUAGAUGGUUAUGCAACAGAACCAAAGAAAGAGAUUCAAGAAAUCCUCAGAAGAAGCUAUGAUGCACUGGAUGGUUUGACAAAAGAGAUUUUUCUUCACAUUGCAUGUUUCUUUAACGGAAAAGCUAAGAACUACGUGAUAGAUAUUCUAAGAGGAUGCGAUCUCAAUCCUGAAUAUGGUAUUGAAGCACUCACAGAAAAGGCCCUCAUAAGCAUCAAUGAAAAGAAUUGCAUUUUGAUGCAUGAUCUGCUAGAGAAAAUGGGGAAAGAAAUAGUUUGUCAAGAGUCUCCUACUGAGCCUGGAGAGCGUAGCAGAUUAUGGCUAUAUGAGGAUGUUUACCGAGUUUUUAUGGAAAACACAGGAUCGGAUAAAGUUCGAGGCAUCAUGCUCAAUGACCUGAAUUGCAGGGGAGAAAAGAUACAUCUGAACACUGAUAGCUUCUCAAAGAUGAAAAAUCUUCAAAUCUUUGUAAGCCCUCGUGAUUUUUACACUGGAGGCUCCUUCACUGGAGAUCAUAUAAAUUAUCUCUCCAACGAAUUGAGGCUCCUAGUUUGGGAUUAUUGUCCAUUACUGUCGUUUCCGCCUAGUUUUUAUCCCAAGAAACUUGUUGUACUAAGGAUGCAUCAUAGCCGCCAAACAUCACCUUUGGGGGAGGCACCGAAGAUUAUGCAGAAUUUGAAAUCUAUCGACAUGUCAAAUUCUUAUGGUGUAAGAAAGAUCAGUGGCUUGUCUAUGUUCCCGAAUUUAGUGGACUUGAAUCUAAGUCAUUGUACAAAUUUAGUUGAAGUUGAGGUUGGAAAUGCUAAGAAUCUGGUCAACCUGAACCUCAGUGGCUGUGAGAAACUUCAGAAGUUUGAAAUUGUCGAAGAGAUGAGAUCCUUGAAAAGCCUGGACCUAGGGCGUACUGGCAUCAAAGGAUUUCCUUCAUCAAUUAGAUUUCUCAUUAAUCUUGAAGAGCUACGUUGUGACAAACUGCUGUAGCGUAACAACUGUUCCCUGCAGCAUUCUUGAGUUACAACAUCUGAAGCACCUUGACCAAUUGUUACAAUCUGGCUACAUUUCCAACCAAGUGUGAGUUAAAGACAAUAAAGU